CUGCGGGCGAGCGAGCUGGCCAUGGGCGGCCGCGGGCCGAGGGGCGGCCGGGCUGAGCCCUGAGCCCUCCGGGGCCGGCCAUGGGUGACCGCGAGCGCAACAAGAAGCGGCUGCUGGAGCUGCUGCAGGCGGCGGGCACCGGCAACGCGUACUGCGCAGACUGCGGGGCGGCGGAUCCCGACUGGGCCUCUUACAAGCUGGGCAUCUUUAUCUGUCUGAACUGCUCCGGAGUCCACCGCAACUUUCCAGACAUCAGCAAAGUGAAAUCCGUCAGACUUGACUUCUGGGACGACAGUAUCGUGGAGUUUAUGACCCACAAUGGGAACCUCCGAGUGAAGGCCAAGUAUGAAGCCAGAGUCCCUGCAUUCUACUACAUCCCCCAGGCCAACGACUGCAUGGUCUUAAAAGAACAGUGGAUUCGAGCUAAGUAUGAGAGACAGGAAUUUAUGGCCGAUGGGAAAACCAUCUCACACCCAGGGAACCGAGAAGGGUUCCUGUGGAAGCGGGGAAGGGAUAACGCACAGUUCCUGAGAAGGAGAUUUGUCCUCCUGGCAAGAGAAGGCCUGCUGAAGUACUACACCAAAGAAGAGGGUAAAGACCCCAAAGCUGUCAUCAGCAUCAAGGACUUGAAUGCCACCUUCCAGACAGAGAAGAUUGGGAACCCCCACGGGCUGCAGAUUACCUACCGGAGAGAUGGCCACGUUCGGAACCUGUUUGUAUACCACGAGAAUGGGAAGGAGAUAGUGGACUGGUUCAACGCCCUCCGUGCAGCCCGUCUCCAAUACCUUAAAAUGGCCCUUCCUGAGCUCCCAGAGUCUGAGCUUGUGCCCCUCAUCACCAGGAACUAUCUCAAACAAGGCUUCAUGGAAAAGACCGGUCCAAAGCAGAGAGAACCUUUCAAGAAGAGGUGGUUUGCUCUGGAUCCCCAGGAGCGCAGGCUGCUUUAUUACAAGAACCCGCUGGAUGCCUUCGAGCUGGGCCAGGUGUUUCUCGGGAGCAACGAACAGGGGUACCAGGUAUUCGAAGACCUGCCCAAGGGCAUCCGAGGGAACCGCUGGAAAGCUGGCCUCACCAUCGUCACCCCCCACCGGAGGUUCGUCUUCACCUGCCCCAGCGAGAAGGAGCAGCGUGAAUGGCUGGAGAGUUUCCGGGAGGUUCUCUCCAGCCCUUUGACCCCCCUCAACCUCCUUGCUGUGUCAACAGAGGGUGACUGCAGCCACAGGUGACCCCCUGGCCACCCAGCGCACCUGGUGGAAAGGAGAAGUUACCGCUUCGGCCGCGGGGGCCCUGCAGGAGCGCCCCCCACCCCCAGUCGGCAGCUGUCACGGGCAGUGAACUCUGCCAAGACCAGAGCUUUGGCCUUUACCUGCCAGCUCCCUGGGCCUCCCUGCUGCCCUAGGGGUCUGGGGAGCUGGUAAAUGUCCUCGGGGCUCAGGACACCGGAAAUGGAGGCACUGCAAUGGGAAGGCACCCGUGGCAUCAGCCAAGCUUGCUGAGAAAACAGAAAACAACAAAAUGUUUAAUCUGAAUCCAACCAUGAGGAAACAAUCAGACAAGUCCACAUUAGAGAAAUUCUGCAAAACGACUGGCUAGACACUUCAAGACUGCCAGUAUCAUGAAAGAUCAAGUAGUCUGGAGACUGUUCUACAUUAGAUAAGACUAAAGAGACAUAGCCACAAAAUGCAAUUCAUGAUUCUUGAUUAGAUCUUGGAUUUUAAAAGCAACAGUUUUUGAGAUGUAAGCAAGAUAACUGGGAAAGUUCCAAUAUGGAUGUAUAUUAGCUAGUAGUAUUGUAAGAUUGUGAUAUUGUGCUUUAGUUGUGUAAGAGGAUGCUCUUGUUCUUAGGGAUACAUUCUGAAGUGUUCAGGGAUAAAAUAUAAUAUGUCUACAACUGA